CCGUCCUCUUCCCCCUCACUCUGGUAGUGCUGGCAGCAUCCAUCCACAGAACACACACUGUGCUGUCUGUGUUCCAGAGAGAAUAUAUCUGCUCUACACAGGGAGGAGAGGAUUAACUCAACAUCAGCUCAUCUGCAUAUUCCCAGGGAACACAUAAGCACCCAAGGCUUCUUCUCUUCUCUAUCCAACUCCAGCCAUCACAGGACUUGACACUCUCGUCGUUGGAGCACCGUUCAUCCAACUCUCUCUCCUGUGAGAGGAUUUAACGGAGGACACAUCUUUCUACUUUUUGGAUUUUGCCAUUUUUGUGUUUCUUCGCUAAGUUUAGGCUUGUCAAAUUGGAGCAAUGCAAUUCACAUGACAUAGUUUAGACUAGUUCUAAGCAUCCCGUUUUUCUUUUUUUUUCUCCAGAGGACCUCUGACUUUUUUGACUGCUCUAUAGGGCUUGCUGCUUGUUCAUCUGAUUUGGUCAACCUGAGUGUCAGAAUGCCAUCCAGGGAGUCUUACGAGGUCCGGAAGGGAGAGAAGUCUUUGGUGCACAAGGCAAAGCAGGAGGCCAACCAGCAGGACAUACUGGCUGCUGCUCUGGGGAUGAGGAUCUCAGGACCCCAGAAACCUCCAGCCACUAUUUGGCAGCCUCUCAAACUGUUUGCCUAUUCACAGCUCACCUCGCUGGUCCGCAAAGCCGCACUGAAGGAUAACAGCCUGCCGCCCAAGUACGAGAAAGUCCACAACUUCAAGGUCCACACGUUCCGGGGACCUCACUGGUGUGAAUACUGUGCCAACUUCAUGUGGGGGCUGACGGCUCAGGGAGUCAAAUGUGCAGAUUGUGGCCUGAAYGUCCACAAGCAGUGCUCCACUAUGGUACCCUGCAACUGCGUGCCAGACCUGAAACACAUCAAGAAAGUAUACAGCUGUGAGCUCACAACUCUGGUGAAAGCUCACAACACCAAGCGACCCAUGGUGGUGGACAUGUGCAUACAGGAAAUCGAAUCAAGAGGGCUGAAGUCUGAAGGGCUCUACAGAAUAUCUGGAUUCAGCGAUUCAGUCGAAGAUGUCAAGUCGACAUUUGACAGAGAUGGUGAGAAGACAGACAUCUCUGCCAAUGCCUAUGAAGAUAUCAAYAUCAUCACGGGAGCACUUAAACUGUACCUCAGGGAUUUACCCAUUCCUGUCAUCUCAUACGACGCCUACCCCAGGUUCAUCGAGACUGCAAAGCUGGAAGACCCAGAGAAGCGGCUAAAGGCCUUCCGUGAGGCUCUGGAACUGUUGCCUGCAGCACACAGUGAAACCCUGAGGUACCUCAUGGCCCAUUUAAAGAGGGUAACGUUGAAUGAGAAAGACAAUCUGAUGAAUGCAGAGAACCUGGGCAUUAUUUUUGGGCCCACUCUCCUGCGUGCCCCCAACCUGGACGCCAUGACGGCACUCAACGACAUCCGCUACCAACCGCAGGUGGUGGAGUUCCUCAUCAAAAAUGAAGACAUCCUCUUCUGAAAACAAACACAUCCAUUCUGCUAAGAUAAGGAAGACAUCCUCUUCUGAAAACAGACACAUCCAUUCUGCUAAGAUAAGGAAGGAAAGAGACAGAUUUUUUGUAAAACAGCUUGAUGCUGUCUAAACACUUUUUGUGCAAAGACUUGAAGGAACUUUUCUAUUGCAUUUGUAUUACAUAUGAAUCUUUGUAAUUACAUUUGUGAUACAUCCGUUUCCACUCCCAGUUAAGCAAUGCUGAACCUUACUUUUUCCUCCCCUGUAAUGGGUGUGGAUGUACCUUAAACUUGCAUGUCUGUCUCCCCAUUUUUGUCGGGGCUUGUGUAGAACACUGAUGGACCAGACUUGGCCAUGUCUUUAUUUUGUGUAGCUUUGUAGCGGUAACCUAGCAUGCGAUAAAUAUUGUGAAACAUUAACCAGGUUUCCAUCCAACCUUUUAAUGCGUGUAACGUACAUGUCGGAUAAAACAUUUAAUGACAGGCCUGAUGGAAACAGAUCAUUUGUCGGUAAACUUGCCAAAUGUCAACAAAACAAAAUACGCUAGACAAGGUGGGACCUUUUCGUGUCGGUAAAAUUAAUUAUGUGAGAAAUGU